AUGCCCGCCCUCAUCCCAACAUACUACCUCGCCCUCACCGCCGGCAACGUCGCCGUCCUCAGCUUCGCCUGGGGCAGACUCGCCACUCCCUUGGCUGGUCCUCAACUGACACAACAACGCACCCGUAUUGUGCAAAAGGCAAAGGCCGUCGCCAUGAAGCCAGCGACCUCGCCAUUCCCAAGAGGCGCCCACACACUGCCCAUGUUUGAUGCGGCACCUAUGUAA